AUGGCAUCACAUCCAACUGCACCAAUAAGUCAGCUCGCUGCAAAGCGACGAAUACGGCAUCUCAAGUCGCUGCAUAUACGCAAUGUCACUCUACCGGAUGCCGCAUUGUCUUCCACAUCGCUGCUUUCUUCGAAACGACCUCCUGCUCGUGUUAAUCUAUACAAUCUGCCAGACACAUUCUACGAACUGUGCUUGCCAGAAUCACCUCAUCCCGUCUUUUUUCAAAGUGAAUUGAUGGUCGCGUCGUGUAAUCCAAAUUGGAAUAAUGUGGCUGAAGCAACCAUAUCGCCAUGGAUCUCUCCCAUCUUGCCAGACGGGACGGCUACAUCGCAGGAAUCUGAAGAUCAAGAGACCAAACAACCUCCAGCAGUGCAGGAUCAGGAGGCACCACCACUACCAGAACGACCGCAUUCCAAACCACUGAUACCCAGAAUGCUCAACUCGCUAGAUAGAUUCAUCCUCAAAGUCUGGGCACGGCUACACGAUGCUUCGGAAUAUCACUUGAUUGUCGAAACCGAAGUCAGUCUAAAGCACUUGGACUUUGUAUCCAACGAGUUGACGCAAGUAGACGCCAAUUGGCCUCCUAAUUAUAUACUCUUUGGCUUGGAAGGUGUCUACUUUACUAUCGGCGAUGAAUUGGCACCGCGAUUGGUGGAUCAGACGCAUCCAGAUGAUGAUGCUCCAGUUGUUAAAGUUGAUGGCAACAAGAUACGGCCAUCGUACAAAUAUGAUGCCAUUGCAAAGAUUGUAGCAGCUCAACAAGAGAUUUGGGAGUUGCAGUGUAGCAAUUGUAGUCUAGUGGACGAGGCUCAACAACUAAUGGCCUCGCCGACCCAUGAUAAAGCGCCUCUGACGCGGAAAUAUCGAGACCAAAAGUCUAGAAUCUCCUUGAUUGAAAAGGAAAUCACAUCGUUCACCCAAGAUAUCCAAGCAGAUCGACAUCGAUUAAAAGAUUUGCAGAAUACCAUACUGAGUAGAAGACGGCAACUUCAGGACUCUCAAGUUUCUAGAGAAGCUAUAAGACAUGCUCUAGAGUCCCGUCGUGAUUUGUUGUCAGGAAAAAAGACCGACGUCUCCAAAUCUACACUGUCGAUUAGUAGACGGCAACGAGAGUUGAUCACUAAUCUCAAAGACAUAUUUCCUAUUGAGCAGUCAACGUUUGAUGUCCUCACUUAUACCAUAUGCGGUCUCCGAUUACCCAACGCUGACUACACAGGACAAGACGACGAAAAGAUUGCCACCGCCCUUGGCUUCACAGCUCAUUUGAUAUGUAUGAUUGCAUUCUAUUUGGAAGUGCCUUUGAGAUAUAGUCCUCGGCCCAUGUCCUCUCGAGCGACGAUAAUUGAUGGAGUGAGCCAGCAGUAUCAAGAUAACAAUGAGUUCCCAUUGUUUUCUCGAGGCUCUGAUCGGUUUCGGUUUGAUUAUGGAGUGUUUUUGCUAAACAAGAAUGUCGAGCAGUUAAUGAAUCAUGUGGGUCUGAACGUUUCUAAUCUUCGUAAUACCCUUCCCAACCUCAAAAUCUUAUGCCAAACGAUAUCCAACUGGAGGGUUGAGGAAGAGCCACGAAACGAUGUUGGAGGCCUCGUGUCAUCCUCGUCUUCAUCGACACAAGGAGACAGUAAUAAUCGAAUUCGUUCGCCGACAUUCAAGAAUGGCGCGUGGUUGCCUCCGCCGCCCAUUCUAGAAAAUGGAAACGCCAAUAAAAUUAUCAGUGUUCCAAUCCAAGCAACAGAGGGCAACCAUCUAGAUGAUUUUAUACCACCGUUACCGCCAAGAAGUCCACCACCAUUCUCGUCAUCAGUUGGUGCUCUGCGUCAAAUGAUGGGUGGUUGGGAUGCUAAUAAACCAUUACCAGACCUUGUGCGUCCCAAAAAGGACUAUGUUGCAGUCACGCAGACUGCCUUGUAA